AAAAAAAGCGCCUCAUUCCUUCUUCCACCGCCAUACUGUAUUUUAUAGUAACUCUCAUUUUUAUUCCUCCCUUUUACUCCCGCUCGUGGAAGGUUUUCCUGGAGAAUGAAGUGCGGUUCGGUUUCCUUGUCAACGGAAGAUGAAGUGAACAACUGAACAUCUCCCCGGUGCAGUUGCUCACAGGGUACAUCCUUGGACAAGUUACUUAGAUGCAGAUCGUGAAAGGUUUUCAAGGCUCCAAUUAAUUCCAAAGGCAUCUUUAAAGGGUUAAAGCCAAGUGACCUAACCAUGACCGGCAAAACACAGACCAGCAAUGUCACCAAUAAGAAUGACCCCAAGUCGAUCAACUCCAGAGUCUUCAUUGGCAAUCUGAACACAGCCAUUGUCAAAAAAGGUGACAUAGAGGCGAUCUUUGCAAAGUACGGAAAAAUAGUUGGCUGCUCUGUGCACAAAGGUUAUGCGUUUGUACAGUACAUGAGUGAGAGACAUGCGAGGGCUGCAGUGGCGGGCGAGAAUGCCAGGAUCAUCGCAGGGCAGCCUCUAGAUAUCAACAUGGCAGGAGAACCAAAACCAUACAGACCAAAACCUGGCAACAAGCGACCACUUUCAGCACUUUAUAGCGGCUAUGUCUUUGAUUACGAUUACUACAGGGAUGACUUCUACAAUCGGUUGUUUGAUUACCAUGGUCGUGUCCCCCCACCACCCCGUGCAGUGAUACCACUGAAGCGUCCUCGUGUGGCUGUGACAACAACUCGCAGAGGCAAAGGGAUUUUUUCCAUGAAAGGAGCAUCACGAUCCACAUCAAGUGGGGCUUCUUCCUCGGGAUCCAAAUUGAAAUCAGAUGAGUUGCAAACAAUCAAGAAGGAAUUAACCCAAAUCAAAACUAAAAUUGACUCCUUGCUAGGGAGACUGGAAAAGAUUGAAAAACAGCAAAAAGCUGAGGCAGAAGCUCAAAAGAAACAAAUGGAAGAUAAUGCUGAUUUGAUUCAAGAGGAAUGCAUAUCAGAGAAUGCAGAUAACUCUACAGAAGAGCCAAUUGAAGGAGGGCCAGAUGCAGAUGGGGAUGGAGAAGAGAUGACUGAUGGGAUAGAGGAGGAUUUUGAUGAGGAUGGCAGCAAUGAGCUGUUUCUACAGAUCAAGUGAUGAGAAGUCCUAUGUGAACCCCCUGGAGGCUGAGAAGAGAACUUCCCCACACAAAAUUGUGAACUGCGGUUUCUUAUGGCUCGCAACACCUUUGAUUCAAUUUGUAUGAAAACUCAAUUUACUUAUUAAAAUGGACGUUAUCGUUCAAAUAUUAGAAUUUCCAUUUCUUAUAUGUUCUAAGCUGUACAAUUGUCAGAUUUUUAUGGUUUAGAUUGUAAAUGUGUUUUUCUCUGGCUAAUUAUUGGUAUUUUUUUUUUAAUUUUGAUGUCUUAAAGGCCAAUGUAUGUAUCAUAAUAAUAUGAAGGACAUAUUUAACAAAAGUGGGUGAAACACUGUAUACAAAUGUAUAUUUGUAAAAGCUAUUUUUAUGAUUAGCAUGUUUUACUGUUCUAUCAUAUUUAAAGUCAGGUGAUAUUGCACUUCUUUGUUUAUAGCUUAAUUCAAACAAGAUCAUUGUUAUGAUCAGUGCCACAACUAAAUACAUUGUAUGGUAUUUACCAUUAUUUUAUUUAUUUGAUUCCUCAAUUGAAAUAAUUAUGUUUACUAAUAGGGAUCGCUGCUAAAAAGUAAAAUUAUGAAAAUAUAAGAGCAAUUCCUGGUAAACUGUAAAUUGGAUGCCCCUGCAAAUCCAUUUUUUUCAGAAAAAUGCUCUAUGUGAUGCCAUCCACUAGCACAGUUCUUAUAGCUGUACCUGCUAGUCUCUCAGGGUAGUUUGUUGUUACUAUACAGAGAGCUUACAGAACAGUUAGUCUCCCAUCCAGCUAGGUAAAUGACUUACAAACUGGCAAUACCUGAGAGUUUGAGUUAGCUUACUGAUAGCUUUUGGUUUUAUUUUCCGAGAGUAGAGUCUUUCCACUCUACUGAACUCCUAAAAAAGCUUGAAGGUGGAAUAAUUAAUUAUUGCAGAUGUUGUAGGGGGAAUUUGAGUAUAGAAUUUCUUAAUAAAUCAUUUUUCCUUUCAAAUUGAAUGAAUGCAUUAUUUCUCUUGUUUUACUCAAAUAUGAAGUGUAUCAGAGCAUAUACAACACGGUUACAAGAUUUUCUUCUCUAAUGAAAGUAUGAACUCGUUUACCAUUCUGAAGCUAGGCCUACAUAGUUUUACAGGUGAUGUGAAACAAGGAAGAGAUAUUUACGUCCUUAUGAGACAUGUACUCCUACAGAGAGAGAUAUCUCUAAAGUGAUUGCAGAGAAGAAGAAUGACCUGAAAGCAAUAGCUUUCCAAGAGAUAGAGACAUUAAUUUGGGUAGUAGCAUACACAGUCAAAUGGAGCUUAGAUACAGUUGUGUGUCAAUUUGGAACAGAGAGCUGUGACUUUCCCUGAUACCCAUGUCCCGUGGUAUCCGGUAUUUCAACUCAACAAAAAUGAACCUUUGUUUUGCCCUUUUAAUUAUUCUCUGUUGGCUGAAAGAAAAAUAAAAUUAAAGGCACUAGUGAGUCUCUUCAAUAGAACAAACUUUUAAUUUCUAUAAAAAAACGUAUCUUUGUGAGAUGUUGAGUUCACCUCAAAAUAACAGGCUAUGAGGAGGUGGGAGGUCAAGAACUCCAGGCAGGUUUCCAUCAUGGGGACCAUCAUCCAAAAGGACUGAUACUCUUUGAAUAUCUGGGAAGAAAAACGUGCAUUUGAAUUUAAUUAUGUAUUAAUGCACGGCAAUUUACUUCAUUAAAAGAUUAUGUAACAUAGCAUCCUCAGUUAUGUUUGUGCAUCUUAAACCUAGCUUAUCGAUAUAGUCUGUGGAGCUAGAUGAGUUUACCCGAGAACUAAGUAUUACCUAGCUAUUUAAUUAAGGAAAGAAGUUCGUUAUAAGUAGUUAUGCCUGAACAUAAACAAUUGUAGCUUCAGAAUCUACCUAGGGUGACAGUCCCAGAAAAGUGCAAGAAAAAAUAUUACCGUGUAUGUGAAAUAUUAAGUCAAAUUAAAGUGUUAGCUUGCCUCUGACUAAUACCCUGGCUAUUUUAAAAUUUUAAUUUUCCCUUUUUUUCCUGGUAAUAUUGAGGCUUAUAAUGGUUAUGGUGAAAUAUGUCUCCACUUUCUAUCCAUAAGUAUAGGUUAUUAUCAUUUUUACCUGCAAAAUGCAAAAAGAAUUGCCAUUUUGGGAUCUCCCAUCUUUAGCUAAUAGUUAAAAAAGGAAGUCCAAAUCUUAGUAACUCCGUGGGCAUUUUGCCUUAGUAAAUAUUUAUCUCAUGUAACCGUUGGAUGUCUUAAAAGGUGCAGAUUUUUAUCUAACAGCUCAAUUCUGAUAUUCGUGUUAAUAAACUACAAAUAAGAAGUAGCUAACUGUAUUGCCUCUUUACCACCUCUGUUCCAAAUGAGCUAUUAAUCACAGAAAUGCACUGUAUUAUACUUUUACAAAUUCUUUCCCGUCUUUACCCUUACAUUAUAUGUUUACAGAAAUGAUUUCACAGUCUGAAUGUUAAGGCUGUUUCACAUCACCGUUUAAGUCCUGAAAACAUUUUGAAUGCAAAAAGACAUCUGAGAUGAGAUCAUUAGGUACUGUUUCAUUUGCAAGCCACAAACUUGUGCCCUCAGGUCUACUACUAGCAAGGUUUCUUAAUGGCAUGCUUGACUCAAAUAACUAAAGAGAAUGCUGGUAGCUUCAGCAGAGCUCAAUAUUUCUCUGCUUUUCACGUAUGCGGUAUGCUCAGUGUUGUUUGUCGUCACCACAUAUACUUACUUGUUUUACGUGGGUUUUCUUAGGUUAUUUUAAUAUUGCUCAUACUUUGCAGUUUUGAAGAACAGGAAGCAUAAAGGAUCUUGUGAAUCAAUUUGGCUUGUCAACAGUUCUAUAAAAUCCUUUAUAUACAGUCCUGGUUAAACCAAUUCAUUUUCUACACAGACCUACCUGCUCUGUGUACUACAGAUAUUUAUUUUAAGCCUGUGCAGCUGCAUGAAUGGAAAACUUAUGCUAAAAAAGCUUUACAGUUUGAAUCAGGAAAAAAUAUUUUUACUUUUGUAAACUCUUGUAUUGCAUAUUACUGCUGGUUUGGUUAGUUUUCUGUGUAGAUCCAUUUUUAGUUCUGAAAAACCAUUGUACUUAAACUAUGUAGAUAGUUACAAUCUUGUAAGCAGUCAUCUUUUUAAUAGGUAGUACUGAAAGUUAGAAUUAAACGUGUAAGGUUUGCCCAUAUAGACCAGAUUUAUGGUUCAUGACAAUUUUCUUUAAAAUAUUGUAACAUAAUUUUUACAUGUCUGUAAAUAAAUAUUUUCUCUGAUUUAUGCACUAAUUCAGUUUUGUAAUUUCUUUUGCUAAAAUGUGACUCUAAGAAACUUUCAAGGAAAAUUGUUUUCUUUCAUGGGAAAAUACAAUUUAAAGUUCUGAAAUACUGCUGUCCUUCACAGACAUUCCAAGUAGAACAAGCAGAAACAGAUAUCCAUAGUAUCAAGAUUAUUCCUAAGUGAAUAAGGAGGAGAAAAACAUUGUAAAUACUGCUAAGUCAUUUCAACAGCUUGAGAAAAUAAAUAUCAGCCCUGUGUUAAAAACUGAGAAGAUGUGUUCCUCAAGAAAAAUAAUUAUUCAGUUUAUUCAGAAACCUACUUGCUUUAACGGGAAAUACUAAGCUCUCUGUGUAUUUUUACACACCUUGGAAGUUUCUAAGUUUUAUAUGAUAUUAUUAAAACAGCAUGUACUAUUAUAAUGGAAUUGUUGGAAGGCUAGAUCAUGAAAUACAUGUGGUUUAUAUAUUGUAUCUAAUUCUCUACAUUUUAGUGUGUUUUCCAUAUUGUUACAGCUAUGCCAUAUUUCCCAGUAAUUUCAU